AUGGACAAAGACGGUAUCCAAGUGAUUUCGGAUGGCUCGGAAGGUGAUAGUGAAUCGUCAGAGACUGAAGGAGUUAGGAGUGGAGAUAAGGAGAAAAGAAAGAAAGCUGAACCGAAGAAAAAAUCAAAGAAACGAAAGUCAGCAAAAGGAAAAGAGAAGAAGGUAGAUUCUUCUUCAAGUUCAAGUGAUGAAGACGAUCAAUUAGACCAAUUGGAGGAUUAUGGAGGAUUGAUAAAUAAAAAAUUUUCAGUUCCAAAAUCUGCGAAAAAGUUGGUAGAUUCGACCUCAAAGAAUGAGGCGGACAAGUCGAGUGAUUCGAUCAUGGUUCGUUUGGUGGAUGCUGUGGAGAGGGGAAGUUUGGCUACGGUGAAGAAGUUAUCGGCGGAGUUAGUUGAAGCGGAGAAAGUGAAAGACAGAGUUAGAGGAGAGAAAGUGAAAGAUAAGAAGGCGGUGAAAGAGAAGAGGAGGAGAGACCAGGAGGAUAGUUUGAAAGAGAAGUCGAAGAAGAAGAGGAAGACAUAUAGGAAAGAUCCUCACAAGAAAGAAUCGAGCGACUCUAGUUCAUCCCCGAGCUCCGAUAGUUCAAGUUACAAAGGGAAGCGCCCCAAGUCAUCUUCAUCAGAUUCUUCCUCAUCGUCAAUUUCAAAAAGAUCGUCCAGAUCAUCAAAAACUUCGGGUGACUCGAAUUCCUCGGCCAGCUCUUUGGAAGCGUCGGAUUCAGAUUAUUUGGUAUCAAAAUCAGGGGUCAACUGUCAAUUGAAAAAAGCCGGUUUAGGAGGCGGAAGUGGGUUUGACUUCAAGAGACCAAGAGGUGGGAACAGGGGCCGAGGAUCGGGAGGUUUUGACCAUGAUCAAAACAAGUACUCGAAUGGAGGUACUGGUUCCUACCAUAAUUGGCACACUCCGCAGGCCGGUCCAUUGAAUAGCGAGAGCCAAAGAUUAAGUGGAGCUCAAGGUGGAAACGAGACGUUAUGGGUGUGA